AUGCGUGACUACUUCGUUGAAGACUCAAAGUUUGACGAACCAUUUUUUCGUCAUCGUUUUCGCAUGAGCAAGAGGUUGUUUUUGAAGAUUGUUGGUGAUAUUGAAGCUAGAUUUACUUACUUUCAAGAGGGGUACGACGCACGGGAUAAAAAAAGUUGCACCGCUAUUCAAAAGUGCACAUCGGCAAUCAAGCAACUGUCUAUGGGUGAACCUUCAGACGUGUAUGAUGAGUAUUUAUGUAUGGCUGCCCGAACGGGACGCGAGAGCAUGAAGUACUUUUGUGAUGCGGUCACCAAUUUAUAUCAAAAGGAGUUCUUACGUAGGCCGACAUCUCAUGACAUUGCUCUCAUUACACAAGCUCAUGAAGAAAGACACCACAUUCCAGGAAUGCCUGGUAGUCUCGACUGUACACACAUCGAAUGGAGGAUGUGCCCUAAACACUUAAAAGGGCAAUACAAGAGGGUUGAUCACAAGGUACCUAUUAUUAUGAUUGAAUGUAUUGCUUCCUAUGACUUGUGGAUUUGGUAUUCGUUUUUCGGUCCUGCUGGAUCGAACAACGAUGUCAACGUUUUGGUGCAGUCGUCAUUGUUUCAAAACGAGUGUAAUAAAUUCGCGCCAGACAGUUCAUUCACCGUAAAUGGACGAGAUUACAAACGUGAUUACUACCUUACUGAUGGAAUCUAUCCUAGGUGGGCUGCGUUUGUUAAAGCUUAUCCGCAUCCAGUGGAACAAGAUGAAAAGAAAUUUAAAAGACUACAAGAGGCUGCAAGAAAGGAUGUUGAGCGGGUGUUUGGUGUUCUCAAGGGAAAAUGA